AUGGGUGUGUCGGUACAAGUAGCGAGUUUCAAAGCGCAGCAAACAAUGAUUGUGUUACGGCGUCAGCUGCUCAGAUUAUUGCGUCUGCGAAACCUUAUAGCGUGUACAGUUCUCCUCAUAUUACUGUAUAUAUUGAGAACUAGGCAGGAACUUGAUUUUCCUAAAUUACAAUAUGGACAGGAACAUGCCCUGGCACAUAGUAAAUCUGAUCAUUUUGUACCAAGGAGCACAAAGAAAAUUGACUGGCAUGAUCAUGUACUGAUCCAGCAUGAAAGUGAGCGAGUGGGUAUUGGUGAACAAGGCAAACCUGCCUUUUUGCUAUCAAAAGAUAAAGCCCUGGAAGAAGAGCUAUAUUCUGUCAACGGUUUUAACGGUGCGCUGAGUGACAAGAUAGCAUUGAACCGUUCCUUACCCGAUAUCCGGCAUCGUGGAUGCAAACACCGGAAGUACUUAGAAGACUUGCCUACGGUCAGCGUAAUUGUACCGUUCCAUAAUGAACAUUGGAGUACGCUACUAAGGACCGCGUUCACCGUCCUAUACAGAUCGCCAAAGAAAUUAAUCAAAGAAAUAUUUCUAGUCGAUGAUGCUAGCACUAAAGACUUUUUAAAAGAAAAACUAGAUUCAUACCUAGAACAAAACAUUCCUAAGGCAAGAGUAAUCAGAGUGCACAACAGAAGUGGCUUAAUUACGGCGCGUCUGGCCGGAGCAAAGGAAGCAACGGGGGAUGUUCUCAUUUUCUUGGAUUCGCACACAGAGGCCAAUGUUAACUGGUUACCACCUCUGUUAGAACCAAUUGCGCUGAAUUACAGAACGGUGGUAUGUCCGUUUAUUGACGUCAUAGCGUAUGAUACUUUCGAGUACAGGCCUCAGGAUGAAGGUGCGAGAGGUGCCUUUGACUGGGAAUUCUUUUACAAACGACUACCAGUACUUCCCAAAGACAAAAAGAACAUGCCCGAGCCGUUUGAGAGCCCGGUAAUGGCGGGCGGUCUGUUCGCAAUAUCGCGCAAAUUCUUUUGGGAGCUUGGCGGAUAUGACCCCGGCCUCGAUAUUUGGGGCGGAGAGCAGUAUGAACUUAGUUUUAAGAUAUGGCAGUGCGGAGGGCGCAUGGUGGACGCGCCGUGUUCCCGCGUUGGCCAUAUUUACCGCAAAUUCGCGCCCUUCCCCAACCCAGGACACGGAGAUUUUGUUGGCAAGAAUUAUCGCCGCGUAGCCGAAGUGUGGAUGGACGAGUACAGCCAGUACCUAUACAAGCGAAGACCGCACUACUUGAAGAUCGACCCUGGCGACUUGACCGCCCAGAAGGCCAUUCGGACAAAACUCAAAUGCAAACCUUUCAAGUGGUUCAUUACACAGAUCGCCUUCGAUCUGCCUGUGAAAUACCCGAUGAUAGAACCCGAACCAUUUGGAUCAGGACAGAUAAAAACAUCAAGUGGCAAUCGCUGCGUAGACGCGAAGGAUACUCAGAAGAAGGAUAAGAUAACGCUGUCGCCAUGUGACAGCAAUGCUGGGCGUCAGAAGUUCAUUCUCUCUUGGCAUAAGGAUAUCAGGAUGAGUUCGCAACCUAUGUGCUGGGACGUGCCGGAGUCGAAGCCUAGGAGCCCUGUCUUACUCUACAGCUGCCAUCUUGGCGGCGGAAACCAACUCUGGAGAUACCUACCAGAUACAAAACAGUUUCGUCACAGCAGUGGCACCUGCUUGGACCACGACGAACAGACGUUUGAGCUAUUCGUGAACAGGUGCGACAGUCAGCGCAGCACCCAGCAAUGGCAGGUCGCGUACAACAAACAAGCCUUAGAUAAGUGGGACGACAUACAGACGGUGGUCACUGGGCCAUUGCCUUAUGAGGACGACAUAUAUACAUAAUAUAUUUAGUUUGUGAAAUUGUCAUGGAAAUUUUCAUAUCUCAAUAUGAUAUGACCUUUUUGUAUCAACCUGUAUUAUGCCCAGUAACGUUAACUACUUGGGCAAGAUUGGUACAUGAAACCAAUUAACGUAUACAAUGGGAAGUUCUCGCGACUAAUUAAAAAAGUUGCAUACAAA